AAGCAAAGGAGAAAGAACAGAAAGCUAUCUUUACGGUUUGGUUGUGGUGUGGUUAACCCUCUCUCAGGAACAACCCCAGGUUUAGGGGGAGAGAGGCCUGACUCAGACCCACAGCAAGACCUUUCCACCUGUGUGAAGGACUAGAGCCAGAGAAGGCGCUUUAGUCUGGACAACAGCACUCUCUCGUCCACUUUAAACUAGACAAAAACAGAUCAUCCUCCUUCAUAAUUCGUUAUUUAUGUGCAAGAGCGUUCCAGAGGAUCAUACGAAAUUGGAGCUGGGCUGUGAAUCAAAGCUCUGGCACGACAAACCAUAAGGAAGAGAGGGAUUUUGAAGGAGGGAGGGAAGAUCGACAAGGAGAUUCACAUAGACAGAGGCUGCUGGAAGAUGAAGUCUCUUCCAAAGAACCAAGGACGAACCGAACAGAUUUUGGGUGCUAUGGCGGAUAUGCUGACAUCUCUGGCGAUACCCAAUCAGAAGUGGAACUCGGAGGGUAUUGAGCACCUGAGUGUGACACAGGAACGGAAAACAGGAAAGCAGCGCCCAUGGGACUCAGAGGGACUGAAUUGGGAUGAUACGUCCCGGGACAGCCUGGAAAGAGUACGAAGAAGAGAUAGAGCAAACUCAUACUCGGCUGCUGGCAGUGAGGGCAGUAUCUCCACCUCGGUGGCCUCUCUCCCACCACAGGCUUCGGGCAGUUCAGCCCCAAACUCCCCAGGCUCCCGUCGCUCUGUCAGCACCCUGAAGAAAUGGCUGACCAAUCCAGUGCGUAAGCUGAGCGCCGGGGCGACCGGAACGGCCAAGGGAGAGCGGCAGGUCCGUAGACUGGAGGGCAAACCCCCACCUCCACCCACCAGGAGCAGCCAAGACCUGGGCAGCCCACAAACAGAGGAGCAGUUCACCAUCCUGCCAGUCAUAGACAAAGACCUGGAGUGGAGAGAUGGCCUGCCUGCUCUUGAUGACUGCGAUCCAGGCGUCCAGCAGUCCUACAGCUUCCAUUCGGACUUUCCACAGGGAUCCACCACACUAGGACGAACACAAAUUACCCAGUGCACCAGCCUACAGGCUGAUGACAUUUGCUUUGCUUUGAUGGAUGACAACUCCAGCCAAUCAUCAGCCACCAUAGACAGCGAAGAAGAUCGGAAGAGUGCCUUAGAAAAAAGCAUGUAUGUUCUGAAAGAGUUGAUAGAGACAGAAAAGCUGUAUGUAGCUGAUCUAGGACUUAUUGUGGAGGGCUACAUGGCCACUAUGAAUGCAAAAGGAGUUCCAGAAGAUAUGAAGGGAAAAGACAAAAUAGUAUUCGGGAAUAUUCAUCAGAUCUACGACUGGCAUAGAGAUUAUUUCCUGGGUGAGCUGGAGAAAUGUGUGGCUGAACCUGAACGACUGGCCCAACUUUUUAUCAAACAUGAAAGGCGGCUUCACAUGUAUGUGGUAUAUUGCCAGAACAAACCUAAGUCUGAGCACAUCGUGUCAGAAUACAUCGAGACCUACUUUGAGGAACUGAAACAGCAGCUGGGUCACAGGCUGCAGCUGAAUGACCUGCUCAUCAAACCUGUGCAGAGGAUCAUGAAGUACCAGCUGCUUCUGAAGGAUUUCCUCAAGUACUAUACAAAGGCUGGGAUGGACAUUGAAGAGCUGGAGAAAGCAGUGGAGGUGAUGUGUUUUGUUCCGAAGCGCUGCAAUGACAUGAUGAACGUGGGUCGGCUGCAAGGCUUUGAGGGGAAGAUCACGGCACAAGGAAAACUUCUCCAACAAGACACGUUCUCAGUCACAGAACAGGACAGCAGCAUUCUUUCCCGUGCUAAAGAGAGACGGGUCUUCCUAUUUGAACAGCUUGUCAUCUUCAGUGAGCCAAUAGACAGGAAAAAAGGAUUCUCUCUACCUGGAUAUAUUUUUAAGAACAGUAUUAAGAUAAGUUGUCUGGGUGUGGAGGUGUGUGUAGAUGGUGACCCGAAUCAGUUUGCCCUGAUGUCUCGGGGGGCUGAUGGCAGCACGGUGCGUUUUGUCUUGCACUCUUCAUUGCAGGACAUCUGCAAGGCUUGGGUCAGCGACGUGAGCCAAAUACUGGAGACCCAACGCAAUUUCCUAAAUGCCCUGCAGUCACCCAUAGAGUACCAGAGAAGGGAGAGCAAGAGCAACAGUUUGGGCCGUAGCAUGAAGCCUCCUCUGGCAGCAGUUGCUGGUCUGAGGCCCCACUCCUCAGCAUCUAUCGACCGACACAAACUGCCCUGUCUGCGCUCCUGUAACACAUCUUUGCCCUCUCUCUACCUGCCCAACCAGGUCCCCACUGAUGACCACUCACAGCCAGAGUCAACACAGCGCUGUCCAGUGGACUGCAGACUGAAUUCCCAGACGGUGUCUCCAACUCAUGUGCAGCUGGCCUUCUCUGAAGAACCGUCAUUCUCCCAGGCACCUCUAAACUGUCAGGCAGUUUCCAACGGGCUUUAUUCCUCUAGCACACAAGCCUCACAGAGCUCAGGAGAGGGAACCAGACCCAGAGAGGGACGCAUGGCUGUUCCUAGUCCCUCCUCCACUCUUCAGCGCUCCAGUAACUUGGCCCAGCUUGAUGAGGAUGACCUGUGAAUGAAAAUGACCCUGAAUCUGAUGUUUGCACCAGAGCAUGCCACAGUCUGGACUUUAUUCACGUCUGUUGUGGUAUUCUUCCUAAACUUAUGACGCGAAUUACCUAGUGACUUUUUAAAUUGUUUUAUAUAAUUUCUCUUUUUUUUGUUGUUGUUGUCUUUUAAAAUUAUGUUUUGUUCAAAGGAGAAUCAACCAUUCCUAUAUUGGGAGGUCACUGGAGCAGGAACCAGAGUAAACCUUUAUUUGGGGGUGUGAGGAUGAGAUUGGGCAAGCGUGUGUGCGUGCAUGUAUGUAUGAAUGUGUAUUUGUGUGCUAAAUUCUGAUGGCUUCAUCCUUGCAAACAUGCCGAACGUUUUACAUCAGAUGCAUUUUGCAGAGAACAUACUGUAUUAUUAUAAACAUAUGAGGGUCCUUAGUGGGCUCGUGCUGGAUUUUAAAGUUUUCACACUAUUGGUGCCUCUUUACGAAAGCUGUCUUUCUAUCUCCCGUCUAUAUUGAAUGCUCUUGUGGGCUGCGUAAACUCUUAUGAUGGAGCUACGGGGAAACAGACUCUAAAUGCAGCUAAUUUAUAUGUACCGUAGUUAGAAGAAUGAUCUGUGCAUGAAGACACGGACGCUUGACUUUCUCUUCACUAACUGGGUGUUUGAAUUCUCGAAGAUCAAUCAACUCCGUUGUCGUGGACAAUGAGCGAUGCUGCUUGCGGAGCUUCGUGUUCAGACUUUACAACUACAGGUGGACAUAAGAGAUCACACACAAUGAGCAUCUGCCUUGUUGAGCAGGAGGACUUGCUCAAGGGAAGGACUGAAAGAUAGACCACAGUUGUUACGGCAGAAGAACAUGCAGUAUAAAAGUAGUUAUCUGUGGUUAAAUGACUCCUUUUUUUAGCUUCUGCCACCCCUCCUCGUGUAAUGCACACUGCCUGGAUUACUCUGCAGGUCUCGUCAUACAAAUUAAGGUUUCUGGAUUAUUAGAUGAUGAUGAUAAUACUAAUACUAAUAAUAAUAAUUAUUAUUAUUAGUAUUAUUUAAAGUUAAUGAAGGCCAAAGGUAAAAUGUUAUAUCAUUAUGUGCCAAAAGCAGGUGCCAGUACCCUUUACACAAAUGAAUAAAAUAUUAAGCCUAAAAUGUAAUUCAGUUCAUUUAUAGACCACUUGAAAACAAGCUAAAACACUUGUUUAAGUGUGGGGAAAUUGUUCUCAUGAAAAUGAGGGAAAAGGCUAAAGAUGUCAGAUUUUAUUUUCCUAAAUGUUCAAGACAUUUUUGGUUAUUGUGUUUUGUUUAGUUGUUUUAUUGUUCUUUUUAAAGCAAAGUAUUUAUUAAUGACAAACCAAAUCAUUAGUUAUAAAGAGGACUGACAUUGUAAAUCGAGUCUGAAACAUACGGUUUGUCAUAAAAUGUUAGAUGUCUCACCAAAGAAGGGAUGGUAUGUGUUUGGUAUUUGAUGUUAAAGCAUGAUCAAAAAGCACUUUCACUCCGUUUAGCUCAUUGCACAUUCUUUCCAACAGAGGGUGCCAGAGUACUUCAGCGCUGUAUACACAACCACUCGGUCUUUUCCACAGAUCAGUUUAAAACUUCAAAUGCAAAACUCUGUACCAAAGCUCAUGUGCUUUACUGUCAGCAUGUUUCCGAUGCAUUUGCAUAAAUAUCCUUAAAAUGAUUGUAACAAUCUUCUCUUGCCUUGAUGUAAUAUUCAAAUCAGCAGAAAUCGAAUAAUUUGACAUAGCCCUGUAUAAACUGAAAGCUUUCCUGUACUGCCUUUCCACAAACGUGGAUUUGAAUCUUACAUUGUUGCAUGCUAUUUUGAAGAACACCUCUAAAUGACGAAGGAAAUGAUGUAGAGAAAGAAUUGGACAUGAUUUAUGUCUAUGUGACAAACCCUAUAAUUGUGUUAUAUCAAAUUAAACUGGUUCCCUUUGGAACACAUGAGUGUUUUGGAACACACAAUGUUUCCUUUUCUACUGUAUUCAUGGAAGUUUGCUGUGUGGUGUCAUUGAGGAUGUGUAUUCGUGGUAUAGGGGAGACUGGGGCUAGUUGUCACGCUUAAAUAUUUUUCAGAGUAUAGGAUUAUUUCGGAAAGUCAGUUUCUGUAU